CCUAAAAAGGCCAUAUUUUCCUCUUCCACUCUCAAUCCUCGCAGGUAUACAUGGUUUUCAUUUUGUCAUCCUCUUCUUAUAAAUAGAGGAGAGGAGUAAUAAUCUCACCAUUUGUCUCCAACUAUGAACUAUUUGUUUUUUGGUUUUGUAGUGUGAUGGAUGUGAAAGACAGGGCCAUCUCACUAAUCUAUCUCACUAAUCUUAUGACAAAUCUAUGUUACUAAUCUUAGGACAGGAGUCUACUGAAUUUACAUAGCUUGAGAGUGUGGAAUUUACAUCACUUGAGAGUGGGGAUUGAUGUUUGGUUGACUGCAACGGGUUACGUGGAUGGUCAGUAAUAACGGUAUGUUCAUCUUCGGUGACUCGCUCUCCGAUUCCGGCAACAACAACUUCAUACCAACCCUAGCCAAGUCCAACUAUCCUCCUUACGGCAUCGACUUCCCUCAAGGCCCCACCGGCCGCUUCUCUAACGGCAAGCUCGCCGUCGACAUGAUAGCUGAAAUGCUGGGACUGCCUUUUGCUCCGCCGUUCACUGAUCCAUCGAUGAGUGAUCCUCAGAUUUUUCAAGGUGUCAACUACGCAUCAGCAGCUGCAGGAAUCCUUGAUGAAACCGGCAAGGAAUAUAUGGGUCCAAUACCACUGAGCAAGCAGAUCGAUAAUUUUCGGCAGACAUUACCGAGAAUUUAUUCGCUGUUUGGACAGAACGCGAGUGCGAUGACUUCGUAUCUGAACAAAGUGCUGGUGAUGGUCUCAAUAGGGAGCAAUGACUACUUGAAUAAUUAUCUACGUCCAGACUUAUAUCCAACCAGCUCUCAGUAUACCCCUCUGGCCUUCAGCAACCUUCUCGUCCAGCAGAUUGCUCAACAGCUAGUGGGGUUGUACAACAUGGGGAUAAGACGAUUCAUGGUGUAUGCGCUGGGGCCGCUGGGAUGCACUCCAAAUCAGCUGGUGGGCCAAAACUGCAAUGACAGGGUGAAUCAGAUGGUCAUGCUCUUCAACUCUGCUCUCAGAUCUCUCAUCAUCGAUCUCAACUUGCACCUCCCUGCCUCUGCCCUUUCUUAUGCUGAUGCUUAUGGCAUGGUUUCUGACAUUCUCAUCAACCCAUCUCCUUAUGGCUUCUCAGUUACUUCACAAGGGUGUUGUGGUGUGGAGAAUGGGAGGGUGCAAUGGAGCUGCAUUGCUGGUACGGCACCAUGCAAUAACAGAAACUCGUACGUCUUCUGGGACAGCCUUCACCCAACAGAGGCAUUGAACAGGAUUGUGGCGCAAAGGUCCUUCAUGGGUCCUCAAUCUGAUGUUUAUCCGUUCAAUAUCCAGCAGCUUGUCUCCAUCUAGCUUGCCCUUCCUCCCUCCCUCCCUCCUUGCCCCUAAUUUCAUUGAUUACUUGUUUCUCAUGUAUAAUUUAAUAUAGAGGCACCAAAAUAAAAACCUCUGUAGCUUGUAAAUUUAAGCACUGAAUCGUCCACGGAGUCAGCUGGGUUUCUCCUGUCUCACUCUGUCAUUUGAAGCCACGUUGUACAGCUCAAUCUGCUCUGCUAAGCCUUGGACCUCUACAAAAACCCACUAUAGAAAGCAAUAAUGACGA